AUGCACGACUGGGCGCCGGCGAUCAUAGCGACGGCGCUGUUCGCCCUGCUGUGCCCGGGAGGGAUCCUGCAGCUGCCCGGCCGGCAGCGGACGGUCGACUUCAUGAACCUCAGGACCAGCUGCCUGUCCAUCCUCGUCCACGCCGUCAUCUACGCCGUGCUGCUCAUGCUCUUCGUCGUCAUCUUGCAGGCUCAUCUCUACGUCUGAUCUUACCUUAUCUUAGUUACUAUGUGUGCUUCAUGGUGCCUUUGUUCUCUCUCUGCUUUUCUUAUGUACUCGAGUGUUCGAGCUUGGUUUAGUGAAACUAGGAUGCUCCGAGGAUGCAUGAUUAUGUUUUCUUCGUGCGUGUUGCUGAGCUUCCGCUUUCGUCUCAGUAAUAAAGAGCUAUGAAACGGUGAUUAUUUUUC